AUGGCGAACUGUUUCGGAAGCAAACCAGUACAACUCGACAACGGAAUCAAGCGACGUGCAAGUCUCCUGCAUAGAGUGAAGCACCAACUGCAGAAGUUCCCCAGCCUCUCCUCCAGAACCUCGCACACCGUUCCACCAGCACCAUCUCCCACCGUCGAGUCUCUGCGCGCCAGCCUCGAGACUCUACCCCAAGAACUCUACGAUGAAAUCGUCCACUACGUAAUAACGUACGAUGAAACGGCCAUGAAUCCCCUCACCGGCACCACACUCUGUCGCAUCACCGCAACCUACAAACCGCCCGUGCAGCUACAGAUCAAUCGCAAAGUGCGCGCAGCCUACGCUCCCCAUUUCUACAGCAAAUCGACCUUUUACAUCGAAGACCCAAAUCAUACAUUCAACCGCCAAGGAAAGAAAUGGCUUGCAAGUCUAGACGAUGCAACCUGUGCACUUCUGACAGACGUUCGACACCCAAAUCCAGGAGUCAUCGUUGAAGGUCGCGGCCAUCUCGGGAAAUGCUCCUUGGGAUACCUCGAUUCCCGCGCAAGUCUACAAUAUCCAAUGCCCGCAAUGAUGAUCGUCACAUACGGAGCGGGAGAAUCUCUCCUGAGCGAUUUCAAAAAAGGGGAUUCAGGAGCAUGGAUUCCACAGAAUAAAAUCUCUCCUCAAAUUCCCACUCAUCUCGAUCCCAAUUCCGGCGGCCAGCAAUUACCAUCAAUCAAUUAUCCAGGACAUUACUCCAUUGCACCAAUGGCUGUCCCCGGAUACAAAGGUCCGAUUUCCAAAAGACUUCAUCGUCUCUUCGUCAAAGCCCAUCGCACGAUUCAGAAGGAUGCGAUGGCCAAUUUUCACUACCGGYGAGACUUGCUUUUGUCGGGAAUGUGGGAGGAUGCGUUUGGGGUCUACGAGGCUAAUGAUCGGAAGGGGUUUAGAGAUAAGCUCUAUGAUAUUGAAUUCCUUUUUGCGAUUUCGGGAUAUCGGGUUUCUUUGCGUUGA